UCUGACCUAAAUUUAAAUAUCCUUUUUGAGGAGUUGAUAUUCAAUGCAAAUGACACCUGUCCCUUAUAUGUAUAUAUAUAUAUAUAAGUUGCAAGAAUUUCGGAACAAUAGUAGGAAAACACAGCUUACAAUUAAUAGACGUAUCAUUACUCGAUUCUAUUCAAAAUGUUGAUAUUUCUUUAUAUUUGUAGUAUAAUCACUAUAUACGAUGCAUUAGCCGACUCGACAGCUCCUAAAAUUGUCGGAGGUUUAACCGCAGAAGAAGGACAAUAUCCACAUCAAGCUUCUCUUCGUUAUAAAAAAAAACACUUCUGUGGAGGUUCGGUUUUAAAUAAACGAUGGAUCCUUACAGCAGCUCAUUGUCUUGCUGGAUUAGAAGCUAGCAAUAUAGCCGUUGUACUAGGAACUAAUACCUUAGACAAAGGUGGUGACAUGUAUCAAGCAAAUGUAACAAUAGCACACGAGGAAUAUGAUCCACGAAAAGUGAAAAAUGAUAUUGGAUUAAUUAAACUCGAUAAAGAUAUUGAAUUUACUGAAAAAGUUAAACCAAUUAAUUUACCGAUAGAAAAUUAUCAAAAAACUGACAGUUAUGUUACAUUGUCAGGUUGGGGUAGAACAAGUUAUCCUGGAAAUUCACCAAACGAACUUCAGCAUAUUAAAUUAAAAGUAAUCAAUCAACAAAAGUGUGCCACAAUGGUAAUGAUUACCAGAAUUCCUGUUACAGACUCUAACAUUUGUACUUUAAAUCAAUUCGGACAAGGUGCUUGUCAUGGUGACUCUGGUGGUCCUCUUAUCGACGGAGACGAACAAAUCGGAAUUGUUUCUUGGGGUAUUCCAUGUGCAAGAAAUCUACCUGACGUUUUUACUCGUGUAUUUAAUUAUCUAGAUUGGAUAAAAAAUCAUAUUAAAGAAGAGGAAAAUCAAGUAUCUGAAUAA